CUGUUAUGACCUAUCAAGUUGCCCAGAAAGAAUUGAGAGUCCUUGAACUGAAAAAGGUUCCCCAAAUCUGGCAUAGAAAUAAGUGCCGGAAGCAUACAAAUGUUUCUAUUUUCCCUCAUGAAAUACUGACGGGUAAGUUAAACAACACUUUCUGCAUUUCCCAGAAACAAGUGAAGACAUUUCUGGAUGAAUAUAGGUCUCUGCCAUGGGUGUCUACCUUGUACAGUGGUACCUCGGGUUACAUACGCUUCAGGUUACAGACUCCGCUAACCCAGAAAUAGUGCUUCAGGCUAAGAACUUUGCUUCAGGAUGAGAACAGAAAUCGUGCAGCAGCAGCGGGAGGCCCCAUUAGCUAAAGUGGUACCUCAGGUUAAGAACUGUUUCAGGUUAAGAACGGACCUCCAGAAGGAAUUAAGUUCUUAACCCGAGAUACCACUAUAUAUAAAACCCUUGGUCCAUCCCACAAAUUGGCAACAUCAAAAUUUCCAAGGUAACUCAAACAGCCCAAUUACUGCUAUGGCCAUCUAUACGAUCCUGCCCAUCAACAGAGGGGUGGCCUGUCAGACCCCACGGCAACACAUGCACUCCAUGAAGGAGAACAUGGUUGCAAAUGUCCUUUGGAAGCCGAACGUCUGACAUGGCUUCCAACUGAGUGCAGGAAGCUCCUGCAGCCAGUCGGAAGCCGCCCCUUGCUCCCCCCUUCUAGAACCCACCACUCUCAACGAACUCUCAACUGCCUCCCCCACAACAUUCAAACUCGCUUUCAAAGCCUGAAAGGACCCUGCUGUACUUCUGUACUCCUACAACAGUGUCCACUAUGACUGAGUUCCCCAAAGGUGAGAGCCUUGAAGCUACAAUCCCCAGAAUCAUUUUGGGGACAUCAUGUGCUUUAAAUGCUCAUUAGAUGCACUUUCUAUAUAUGUUGUUGUUGUUGUUUAGUCGUGUCUGACUGUUUCUUCCUUAGGAGAGAGGCAGGCCAGAACAAAGGGGGAAAGGCUCCCACCUCAGGUAAGUGGAAAUGCCAAUUGAACGCCCUCUAUUAUAGGAAUGCUUCCUUCCCAUGUCCCCCACCCUCAUGUGCCAGACUGCUGCUAGCAUGGCUGGGAGCCAGGCAUUUGCUGAUUCCUUCAUUUUCUUUGCAGGGAGGGAGCCUUUCCCCAAUGUGUACUUUGUUCUGGCGAAAUCCCUGGAGAGACAUGGCGACCAUCAGGUACUUGGGCAGAGGGAACGAAGGGAUCCUUUUUGAAACAUGUUUUGGGAGUCCUAGAAACACUCUCCCCACCUGUAGCUUCCAGGAAGUGCUUUUCAGAAGCAUUACUCCCUCCAACUGGGUUUCUUUGCAUAACCCUCUCCACCAUGCAAUUGUCUCACCCUCUUUGAAAGCCACCUCAUCCGAGAUGCUCUUGUGGGGCAUCUGAUUGUCCUUGGCUUCCACUACAGGAUUGCCAGGUGAAAUAUCGAGAGUGGAUUUCAUGCUCUUUUUUUGUUGUUUAGUCAUUUAGUUGUGUCCGACUCUUUGUGACUCCAUGGACCAGAGAACGCCAGGCUCUCCUGUCUUCCACUGCCUCCCACAGUUUGGUCAAACUCAUGUUGGUUGCUUCGAGAACACUGUCCAACCAUCUCGUCCUCUGUCGUUCCCUUCUCCUUGUGCCCUCCAUCUUUCCUAACAUCAGGGUCUUUUCCAGGGAGUCUUCUUUUCUCAUGAGGUAGCCAAAGUAUUGGAGUCUCAGCUUCAGGAUCUGUCCUUCCAGUGAGCACUCAGGGCUGAUUUCCUUCAGAAUAGAUAGGUUUGAUCUUCUUGCAGUCCAUGGGACUCUCAAGAGUCUCCUUCAGCACCAUAAUUCAAAAGCAUCAAUUCUUCAGCGAUCAGCCUUCUUUAUGGUCCAGCUCUCACUUCCAUACAUCACUACUGGGAAAACCAUAGCUUUAACUAUACGGACCUUUGUUGGCAAGGUGAUGUCUCUGCUUUUUAAGAUGCUGUCUAGGUUUGUCAUUGCUUUUAUCCCAAGAAACAGGAAUUGAAGUUCCCCCAAAAUGUCUGCUUUAUAUACAUUAUUUACACAAUGGGCCCCACGUGAUUGGCUAAUUCUGGGAAUCUCCUGUAGGCCAAUCGGGUUGCGGAUUCACUUCCACCUGGAGCUGGAUUUGGUGGCUCCUGUGGACCAAUCAGACUGCUGAAUUCUGAAUCCUAUUGUUUUAGGACCAAUCAGACUGCUGCAUUUUGGAUCCUAUUCAACUCAGUACAUAACACCAGGAUUCUCCAUGACGGUCAAAGUGGAGAGAGAAGCCUUUCGAUAUUUGGUGUGGCUAAGACAGCUGAAUGUGCACCCAUUCUCAUAUGAUGUCCUUCUUCCUCCACAGGGCCACACCUCCAGGGAUGAGGCUCCAGCUCCGGCCCCCGGGAUGAAGAACCGGACAACAUCCUGGCGGUUCCCGGCUGAUGUCCCUCACAACGCUUCCCCACUGCCCCUUCUCCAUACGGGCGUGGCUCCUUCCCGGCCCGGUUUGGCGCAGAAGCAGCAGCCAAAGUUUCCUCCUAUUAAAACAGCUUCUCGGGUUAUUUCUGAGAGGGAGGAGACUUUGGCUGCUGUUUCUGUGCUAGGCCGGUUGGGACGGAGCCGAGACGCCCAUACAGAGGAGAAGUGGGGAGCACUUAUAAGAUCAGGUAGGAGGAAAUGCCCCUUCCCAGGUCCCCCACCCUCCUGCCCCAGACUGGGGCUAGCGUGGCUGGGAGCCAGGCGUCUGCUGAUGUCUCCGUUUCCUUUGCAGUGAGGGAAAAGUUCAGACGGGGAACCACCGCAUUCCAGGAGGGACUGGAGCCCAGACGAAGGCCUCUCGCCUCUGAGGUAAUGGGACAGGGGGAGGAGGGGGCCUUAGGAAACAAACCAGAAGGGCCUGCAGGAUCAGGCCAAGGGCUCACCUGGUCCAGCCUCCUCUUCUCCCAGGGGCCACCCAGGUGCCACUGUGAAAUCAGCAAACAAGAUUUGAGCCCAAGAAGCAGUGCAUAGCGUUGAGUUCUCCCAUGCUUCAAAGAUCCCUUCUUUCUUGCAGGAUCUCCUGUCUGCACCGCUGUGGCUGCUGCCCAAGCCUCCCCCCAAAAGACCAGAUAAGAGGAAGGGAACCUUUGCACGGCGCAGGGAGAACACCCUGCAAGUUGAGCGUACAUGUUCAUGCUCUGGGUGCAUUUCUGAAAAAAGGCAUGCACUGAUAAGACGGGUUUGGGGUCUGGGGGCCUUCCUACAGGGGUUGCUUGACUACAACUCCCAUUGUCCUUGACCACUGUCCUUUCCCCCCUUCUUUUUAUAAAAAAAACACAGCUUGAGGAUUCCCCAGUGAUGCCGGCUGGCGGAAGGAAGAGGCAUUGGGUGAUGGUGCAAAGAUGAAUUCCAGAGCGUUUAGAUCUCAGCUGAAGGACUGUAUUCCGGUUUCUGAUUUUUCAGCUGCUGAAGCAUUUGAAAGCUGUGAUGUGAUAAAUAGAGGCUUUACAAAUGUGUAGGGUGAACUUUCCCCUGUUCAUCCUUUGGUUUUGAUUGUUAUGUACUGAAGUUCUCACCCUGGGCCAGCAGCGGGAUACUGUAGAUAGUUUUCACUCAGGUCCACAUAUGCAAAUAGGGGAUUGAAAGUGAUGUUCAGUGAUUGGAUAGUUACAGAAAAUGGUUACAGUUGCGUUGUAGUGGAGCUCUAUAUAAGCAGGCUGGCUGAACCCUUCAGUUCAGUUCUGUUCUGGCCUGUGAAUAAACAAGAGCUGUUUGGAGAAUCGCUGUGUCGUCUGAUAUGUUCACCCACAACUUAACACGGAUAAUUUUGUUGUUGUUAAAUAAGAUGAAUUUUUCUACUCUGAGAAAUAUUCAUGCUCCGCUGAAGCUGCAAAUGGAAUUCCAAGCAGUGAAGCAGGUCCAGCGUCUUCCUUUACUUCCUAGUUCUAACUUGCCCCUGGAUAUCUGGAAAGGCAACUGUGACUGCCUUGGUUUUGAGGAUAUUCUGAAUGACCCAGCACAGAGUGAAGGAAUGGGAGAUCCUCAUCUUUUGGUUGAACACAAACUUGGUUUAUUAUAAUGCUCACAUACUCCAUCCUUCUGUUCAUGAAAAUGUUUCUUACCUGUGUCCCUGUGGGUUCAAGUAAAUCAUAUAAACAGUAGUUGUACAGCACUUGUUUUGAUACACACAAUCUCUCACCUACCUUGAUGCAAACAAGGCACAUUAAAUGCUUAAAUAUAUUACUUUUGUUCUGUGUUUACUGUCAGUACAAAUGUUUUGUAACUGGGUAUUUUUUAAAAAAAUCGGGAAAUAUCUCUAUUCAGGGC